UUGAGAUAUUUAAUAAUCCAGUGUUGGAAAAGAGAAUAAAAUCUCGACAAUUGAAAAGUGUAAUUUUUAAAUAUACGUACAUGACAUUGAUUAGGUGAAUUUUGUAAAACGUUAUAUAGUUUUUAUAGUUCUAUCAGUAUGCCAGAAAACGGAAUACAAUUGAGUGAAAUGGAUUUGGAAAAUUCCACUAAAACUGAUACGCAAGAAACGCAAAAAAAUUCUCAAAACAGAGCAGCUGAUAUUACUUAUGGCAUCGACGAUAUACCACCAUGGUAUUUAUGCCUUUUCAUGGCACUUCAGCAUUACUUAACGAUGAUAGGUGCAAUCGUUUCGAUUCCAUUUAUUCUAACGCCAGCACUUUGUAUGGCUGAAGAUGAUCCUGCAAGAAGUUACAUAAUCUCAACGAUGAUCUUUGUAACUGGUCUUGUAACACUAUUACAAACAACAAUAGGAUGCAGAUUACCUUUGGUACAAGGUGGUACGAUAUCGUUUUUAGUACCAACACUUGCCAUAUUGAGUCUACCACAAUGGAAAUGUCCAGCACCAGAGGUCUUGGAGAAUAUGUCUAACGAAAAUCGAACGGAAUUAUGGCAAAUUCGUAUGAGAGAAUUGUCCGGUGCAAUUGCAAUAUCUGCAUUGUUUCAAGUUAUUGUUGGAUUUGGAGGAAUUAUCGGAUACUUGUUAAAAUUUAUAACUCCUUUAACAAUCGUACCAACCGUUUCACUCGUCGGAUUAUCUCUUUUCGAAAAUGCUGCUGAAGCUGCGUCAAAGCAUUGGGGAAUUGCUGCUGGAACGAUAUUAAUGCUCACGAUGUAUUCACAAAUAUUGGUCAAUGUAUCAGUUCCAAUAAUAAUGUAUCGCAAGGGUCACGGAUUACGAGUCAUAUGGUUCGAAUUAUUUAAAUUAUUUCCAGUGCUACUGACAAUUAUAGUAAUGUGGAUAAUCUGUACGAUUUUAACGUUUACCGAUACAUUGCCAGUCGGUCAUCCUGCUAGAUCCGAUAGUAAAAUUAAAAUUAUCAGCGAUUCUCCAUGGUUUCGAAUUCCAUAUCCUGGUCAAUGGGGUAUACCAACGGUCAGUUUAUCAGGUGUCCUUGGAAUGUUAGCAGGUGUAUUAGCUUGUACUGUCGAAUCUAUCAGUUAUUAUCCUACUACUUCUAGAAUGUGUGGUGCUCCACCUCCACCAGUUCACGCUAUUAAUCGUGGAAUAGGAAUAGAAGGUCUUGGAACAAUGUUAGCUGGUCUUUGGGGUAGUGGCAAUGGUACAAAUACCUUUGGUGAAAAUGUUGGCACUAUAGGUGUAACGAAAGUUGGAAGCCGUAGAGUCAUACAAUGGGCUUGCGUAUUAAUGAUCUUGCAAGGUUUGAUUAGUAAAUUUGGUGCUGUCUUUAUUAUUAUACCAGAACCGAUAGUUGGUGGUAUUUUUUGCGUCAUGUUCGGUAUGAUAUGCGCAUUUGGUUUGUCAGCUUUGCAAUAUAUAAAUUUAAACUCUGCGAGAAAUUUAUAUAUUCUAGGAUUUUCUAUAUUUUUUCCUAUGGUACUAUCCAAAUGGAUGAUAAAACACUCAAAUGUAAUAAACACUGGCAAUGAUAUUGCUGAUGGUGUUAUCACAGUAUUAUUAAGUACAACUAUAUUAGUUGGUGGCGUGAUUGGUUGUUUAUUAGAUAAUAUAAUACCAGGUACUGACGAGGAACGAGGUUUAGAAGCUUGGUCGAAAGAAAUGGAAUUAAAUGUUGAAACGUCUGAUGAAAAACAAAGCACGGAAUAUGUACCAAAUACAUUUGAUUUUCCUUUUGGAAUGGAAUUAUUAAGAAGAUGGAAAUGGACGUCAUAUUUGCCAUUUUCACCGACCUAUCGACCAAGCCCUGGUAUCUGUAGGUGUAGUAGACAAAAAUAAAACAUAUUUUUGCAUUUACAUUAGAUUACAUUAAAAAAAAAAAUUUGCUAGUAAUAAAAUAUGAUUCUUAUUGUAUCAUAGAUUAAUAAAUAGUAAGAUAUAAUUUGUAUUACAAUAUAAUAUAUUUUGCAUAAGAAAUGUGCAUUCAUGAAAUUAAAUAAUAAUAUAAGUUAAGAUUUACGUUAUAAAUA